AUGACAGAUGCUGCAUGUGCGCACUCGACGCGGCCAAACUUCCACAGCUCAACCUGCAACCCCACCAUUGAUUGGCCUUUGACCUUGGCCAUCAGCCAUAUCGCUCACUCACUCUCUCACUCCCGACCGGCAGACAAACCACUUGAUCGACACCAGGCAACGAACCAGACCACAUGCACACAUAAUCUCAGCGACGAGAAAACAUCUCUAUUUACGCCUUCAAACGCCGCACUCGUCCCCUUCGGUCCAACGCCAUAUCAGAUCCCUGGCUUUCACCUCUCACACAUCACCAACCAUUCCUGUAGGUCACCUCAUUUGACCCCUCGACGUCGUUGCACAACUUCACGCACCCCAAUCCAACCAUUCCAAACCCUCACCCAGCCGACUUUGACUUCACCCUCACCCUCACCAUCACCAACCCGUCCGCAAAUCUCUACACAGCCCGCGCCAACGUCGCCUCUUCUCUCGUCACGCUCUGCAACCACCCGUCCUGUUGUCUCUUUCCCCUGCAUUCUAUUUUUGAACGCGCAGACACCUCAUCAUCUCUCAUCCACAGUCAACGGGCAAUGA